AGUUCGAGGCGGGGAGGGGAAAUGUUGGUGCGUGGGGUCCGAUGGGGCUUUUGCGUGCCGUGUUGGUUAGGUCCACCUUGCAAGGUUAAAUCGAAUCGAUUCGCGGUGUCUCGCGGUUAUGAGAGCCUUGAUCUCUUGGUCACAUCGUAGAAAGGAAAAUGAGUAGAAUGAGAAGAGAUGAAAUGUGGGCUGAUGAUAUCUAAUUAAUGAUUUGAUCACCUUGGUUGUUGUAGUUUUGGCAAUCAUAGAUGAUUAGUAAUUAUAUUGAUAAAAAUGAGAGCUAAAACUUGGGAAAUAAGGACUCACUUAACGUGCUUUUCUGCAAAAUAACCACCAGCCAAAAGCCUUGCAUGUCUAGAUACGUGGGCUAAGUUAUACCCACUGGUCGGGUAAGUCUUGCUGAGUAUUAGUUGCUCAGGGUUUGUUGCCACGAUACUUUUAUUUCAGGGCACCCAGACGUGGAUUUUUGCCUCUGCUGCAUCAAAUUUAUCCGCCGGGAUGCAGAGGGGUGGGAAUUCGUGGAUCGAGACCCUUAGGUUAGAGAGUUGUAGGGUUGCACACUUAAGAGCAGAGUUGCAGUCCCUCAAAUUUUGUUGGACCGGUCUGACUGGUUAGUGGACCGGUCUGACCGGUAUUCGUAGGGUUUUCUUGCAGCCGGUCUGACCGGUUGUCUGAACCGGUCUGACCGGUUGUGCAUAGGCAAAAGUGUAGAAGUAAGGGAAUAUAGACAUUUCUCUUGUUAUUCGAACUCGCAUCUCUGGAGUUGUAAAACAUGUAAGUUAUGUAUGUAUUUGAACCAGCUUUGUAAAAUUGUUGUAUUUAAACUCGUGUUGUAAAGAUUGUGGUUUUUUCCCUUUUCCGUCUUGCCGUAUAAUUUCAAGUAUUUGUUAUGGUUGUACUAUUUGCGCCCACCUUUGCGUGGGACUACUGGUGUUGUUUCGAUCGGGCCGUGGGUUGAGAAAGGAUCGCCAAAUUAAACCAUUAAUCUAAUGCGUCCGAUGUGUUCAAAUGACGGCCAUUACGCUUAAUUUGGAGUUUUAAUUUGGCGGUUCCCUCACAAUUAGCAUGAGUAGGUCAGUAGUAUUAUUACGCCAUCAAUAGGCAUUCAAUAUAGACAUCGGUAAGUACCCAUGACUGACCUAGCCCACCUGGAUGUGGAUUGGGGAGACCUGCAUGCAUAAGGCUAGUCUUAUUAGGAGUUUCAUUGAGACAGUUAGCUAGAUUGAGAACUAGGUAACUACGUCAGUUGAGUUUCAUGGUGAUAAAUUCUUUUUACAUCUUAGAAACUUAAUCCUUCUCUUUUCUUGUCAUAUCAGCAAAAUUAAUGAUAUUUAAUAUCAUGAAAUCUCUUUUAUGAAAUUUUCAUUGAGACCGGCGUACAUAUUACCAUUCAUGCUCUCGAGGAUUUCUUGUUUUUCUUUUCCCCGAAAGACCACUGUAAAUGCUAGCUCAGCUCUUGAGGAUUAGCAUGAUCAGUAGUUACCCCAACAUCCGUCACCCUCUCAGUCUCACGGGUGUGCAGUAACUGACGAUCAUCUGCAGCAGCAGCAUCUGCUAGAAUAGAACGACAACACAUGCAGAUACAAAGCAGGCUUGGCAGUAAUCGACGGUAAUACAAAGUAGUAUUAUUAUGCGUGAAGCACGGCACGUACAGCAGCAUUAUAUAAAUAUAUAAAAGUUCUAGGCGGAGUGGCCCUGAUGUCACGUACGUGUGUGGUUUUUGCACACGCACAUUCAGCACAGAUCGAGAGGAGACCCUACCAGCAGAGCAGUCUGCUUGGCAGGCUGGCAGCGCAUGCACCACACGAAUUUUUAAACUACAAAAUGAUUGAUUCCUAGAGAUCUCUUGGAGAGCCGCUGGCGUACGAGCUGAGGGGAGCUCCGCUUCUUUUAGGACGGAUUGAAACUACAAAUUGUUCGAAUGCUAAAACAACACUUCUUUUAGGAUGUAUUGAGUACUCUUAAUUACAUUAACAUGCACUAUAACAACGAUUUUUUGUACGCCACGCAACCACCUUCUACAAAUGGUAGUUUACCAUCUUCUAAAAAUAAUUUUUAUUAGUGAUGGUUACCGGUCCCUAGCUAGAAUGCACGCUAGCACUCGUCGGAUUCGAUUGUUUUUGCAGAUUGAAACUAUAAACGGAAAAGCUAAGACACAAAUGUCGUCCGGAGGGAAGAAAAAUCGGACCCUACGACAUAUGUUUCAAUAGUUAAUCUUUCAUAUCGCGACUAUUAUUUCCGCACAUCCUAAAGCCAACAGGCGCCGUAUAUGAGAUAAGAGGCGGGGUGUGUGUGCGAGUGAGGGAGCUAGAGAGAUAGCAGCAGCUAGCUAGUAGGCAGAGGAGCGACACCAUGGUGAUGUAUUCCGACGACGUGCAGGUGGUGGAGAGCAGCCUUGUGUCCCCGAGCCAGGGGACGCCGAGAGGACAACUCUGGCUGUCCCCCCUCGACCUCCUGCUCGUCAACAGGGGUCACACCCCGACCGUCUACUUCUACCGCCCCGCCGCCGCCGCCGGCGACUUCUUCGACGUGGCACGGCUCAAGGAGUCCAUGGCCAGAGCCUUGGUGGACUUCUACCCGCUCGCCGGGCGCCUCGGCGUCGAUGCCGACGGCCGCUUCGUCAUCGACUGCAAGGCCGAGGGCGCGCUUCUCGUCGUGGCUCGCUCCGACCACCUCACCGUCGACGACUUCCGCGACGUCACCCCGUCGCCGGAGUUGAAGGAGCUGUUCGUGCCCCGCGUCGAGCCGUCCAUCAUGCUCGCCAUACAGGUGACCUUCCUCAAGUGCGGCGGGGUGGCCUUUGGGACGGCGCUGCACCACGCCGCCGCCGACGCCAUCAGCUCGUUCCGUUUCUUCCACGCGUGGUCGGCCCUGUGCAGCGGCCGCGACGGCGGGGGCGCCAUGGCGGAACCCCCGUGCCACGACCGUCGCCUCCUCCGCGCGCGGUCGCCGCCCUUCGUCAACCCGGACGCCUUCGCCGUCUUCUGCCCGAAGCUAACCCUGACGCAGCCUUCGGGGCCCGUCGCCAGCAAGGUCUUCGCCGUCUCCAAGGACCGCGUCGCCGCUCUCAAGCAGGCCUGCGGCGGCGGCGUCAGCACCUUCUGCGCGCUGAGCGCCCACGCGUGGCGCUGCGUGUGCGCCGCGAGGGGCCUGCCGGCGGACGCCACCACCCGCCUCACCCUCCCGGCCAACGUCCGCCGCCGCAUGAAGCCGCCCGUCCCCGACAGCUACUUCGGCAACGCGCUCAUCUGGGUGGGCACCUCCGCCGUGGUGCGCGACGUCACCUCGGAGGCGCUGGCCGACACCGCCGCCCGGAUCAGGGGCGCCGUCCGCCGGAUGGACGACGAGGUGGUGCGGUCUGCCAUCGACUACUUCGAGCUCGGGGAGAAGAACGCCCGGCCGGUCCCGGGCGGCCUGCCGGAGACGGAGCUGAGGGUCAUCAGCUGGCUGGGCAUGCCGGUCUACGACGCGGACUACGGGUGGGGGAAGCCACAGCUCAUGGUGCGCGCCGAGUCGGAGCGCUCGGGGUUCGUCUACCUGAUGAACGACGACGGCGGCGGCGUGCAGGUAGUGGUGUGCGCGGAGGCCGCAAGCCUCAAGGAAUUCGAGAAGCUGCUGUUUGCAAACAUAUGGCCAUGAAAGAAAAAUGCGCGGCAAGCACGAGCAAAUCAUGUCGUCUUCUCUUCGGAUUCGGAUCAUUAUAUUCUUCAACUUUAGAUACGUGUUCUUUAUGAAAGUUUGCGAACAAGCAUCGAGUUCAAAAAGGAAAAAGUUUGGGAAGCGUUGAACCUCCUGUAGCGGACGAGCCUCCGAACUCGUCCCACCGACCUGUAGCCCCCAGCUCUGGUUUAUUAGUUUGAAAUUGGUUUUA